CGUUUAAAAAUAGCCGCACACAAAGAACGCUCGCGGAACGUGUCUAUUCGAAAUUAAUUUGAGGAACAUUUCUUUGCAGACGAAUACGAAAAAACGAAAAUCAUCGAACCCGAUCGAAGUUUGUUGUGUACAGAAAUUAGCAUUUGGAAAAAAAAUGAGUUUAGUCUGGACUUUGAUCGCAGGCUUUCUCUAUGCAGAGAUUGCAGUGGUUUUGCUGCUGGUGCUGCCCGUGGCCAGCCCCUACAGAUGGAAUCGCUUCUUCAAGUCCAAAUUCCUGGCCAUGUUGGCACAGCAGGCGCACAUCUAUUUCUUCUUGAUUAUGGGUGUGUUGGUGCUGUUCUUGCUGGAGGCCAUACGUGAGAUGCGCAAGUAUUCGAACUAUGAGCAGACCGGCGAGGUGCACCUGAACGUGGAGAUGCAGCACAGCAUGCGCCUGUUCCGUGCCCAGCGUAACUUUUACAUCUCUGGAUUUGCGAUUUUCCUGGUUCUGGUCAUUCGUCGUUUGGUAACACUGGUUUCUGCUCAGGCCAAUCUGCUGGCUCAGAGUGAGGCUUCGAUGAAGCAGGCCCAGAGCGCCACCGCUGCUGCUCGUUCCCUGAUGGAGGACAAGAAGACCGAUAAGGCCAAGGAGGCCAGCGAGGACAGCACACUGAAUGAGCUCAACAAGCUGCGUGAGCGCGUCCAGGAGCUGACUUCCGAACUGAACCGCGAGAAGAAGGACAAGGAGGCUGUCAAGUCGCAGGCGGAGAGCAUCAAUCGCGAGUACGAUCGCCUCACCGAGGAGUACAGCAAGCUGCAGAAGCAAAUUACCAUUGGUGGCGGCAGCAGCAAGGAUGAUUGAGCGUACGGCAAGGGGCCCGAGAGUUCAAUACUUUAAUACCGAUAAGACUUAUAAACGGCGGCGGGGCACAGCGACAGCAAAA